UGUCAAAUUGCAAACAACAAUUUUUUUAUUUUAAGAAACUUGAGGAAAAUGGCAGCCACAAGGAGAUUGCAGAAAGAGCUAGCAGACAUUCGAGCAUCGGGCAUGAAAUCUUUUCGUGACAUUCUUGUGGAUGAAGCUAAUUUACUGCUAUGGACAGGAUUGAUUGUACCGGACAAUGUUCCCUACAACAAGGGUGCUUUUAGAAUAGAGAUAAAUUUCCCAGCCGAAUACCCCUUCAAACCACCAAAGAUUUCGUUUAAAACUAAAAUAUACCAUCCAAACAUAGAUGAAAAAGGACAGGUUUGUCUACCUAUUAUAAGUGCCGAGAAUUGGAAACCGGCUACAAAAACAGAUCAAGUUAUACAAGCACUGAUAGAACUUGUUAACGAUCCCGAGCCAGAACAUCCUUUACGGGCAGAUCUAGCAGAGGAGUUUCUGAAAGAUAGAAAAAAAUUUACCAAGAAUGCCGAAGAACACACCAGGAAGCACAGCGAAAAGCGACCGGAAUAAAGAGAAAGAACGUAUGUAGAAUGGUUAACCAAGAUUACCAUUAAAAUCGAUGAUCGAUCGAAGCGAUUGUAAAUUGCAGACCGUGGUAAUGAAGAUGAUGAAUGUAAGGAUGUAAUUCAAAUACAUAUUUUAUUCUUGAGUCGAAGGGCCAAACAACAAAG